CACUCCCAUACGCAAGGCCAGUAGCGAGAAUGGAUGAAAAGGCGCUAUUCGGCACUUUCAUGCGUACAGCUGCAUGCUGCACUGAAUUGGCGAAGGAGGACAUUCCGUUCUGCAAAUCUGUCGACUCAAAAUUCGGGAGAAGCCUGUCAGAUUUGUCUAAACGUCUUUUGAACGUUAGUCAGUCGUUUCUGAGUAAAAUUGACGGAAACAAGGCAUCAGGACUUGUAGACGUUGAGGACAUUAAUAAUCGGUGGAGUGAUAUUGUCGAUUCUAUCGAUACGUUGCUCGAGAAUGCAGAUCUUUCGCUCGACAAGGCAAAGGGAAUUGUUACGAAGCCAAAGGUUGCCGUUGCUCCUGUAAACAAUGCUCAGUCGUCGCAACCAAAGAAGGAAAAAUUGCCUUACCGUCUCAUUCACGCAUUCAACAUUCCCAAACCGCAACUUCGGUUCAAACACCCCGUCAAUAAUCAUCCUACAACUCCAUGGUUGUGGAAAUUGACCGAGAAACCUAACGCACUUGUUCCUUUGGAGAAACUGCUGGACCAAGUGCGAGCAGACAAAGCAUUGCAGUUGUCGCUCCCUCAUCCCUAUGAAGCCGAAAUUAAAAACAGUAGUCGCCCCAAGCAGCUGUACGAGACGAAGAAUCCUGUGCAAAAAGGAGCAGUCGAAGAGACUGAUCCAAUCUGGGUGGAUAACAGCGAGAGCCUUCAUUCUAUGUUGGAGGAGCUUAAACAAGCCACUGAAAUUGCUGUUGAUUUGGAACAUCACGACUACCGUUCUUACUCUGGCUUUGUUUGUCUCAUGCAAAUCAGUACACGGAACCAAGAUUGGAUUGUUGAUACACUCGAGUUACGUGAAGAACUUGAGUGUCUUAACAUUGUGUUUACCGAUCCUAAAAUCAUUAAGGUUCUGCACGGUGCGACAAUGGAUGUCAUUUGGCUGCAGCGUGACUUUGGACUUUAUUUAGUUGGGCUUUUCGACACCUACUACGCAACCAAGGCUCUCGGUUUCGAGGGGCAUGGUUUGGCCUUCUUAUUAAAAAAGUAUUGUCAGUUUGAGGCUGACAAACGUUAUCAAAUGGCCGAUUGGCGUAUCCGGCCUUUGCCGAAGGAAAUGCUAAAAUAUGCUCAGUCUGACACCCAUUUUCUGCUCUACGUUUUUGACUGCUUGCGGGUUGAAUUGCUUGAGCAAUCUUCGCGACGAAAGGAAGAUCUCAUGCAGUAUGUGGUAAAGAGCAGCGACGACGUUGCACUUCGUCGUUAUGAACGUGAGGCUUACGACGAAAUCUACGGUCUGGGGACAGACGGUUGGAGACAUGUCCUGACGAAAUGGGGUUCUUCAAAAAUCAUUGGUCGUGAAGCUCUGGCCGUGUUUAAAAGUCUGCAUCGCUGGCGCGAUCAAGUAGCUCGCAACGAAGACGAAAGUGUUCGUUAUGUUAUGCCAAAUCAUCUUCUCGUAAAGCUUGCUGCUAGCAUGCCUUCUGACCCCUCUGAUCUGUACACUAGUGCACGCCAGCUUCCCCCAUUAGUUCGUAUGUAUGCGAACGAAAUCAUUGAAGUAAUUCAAAAUGCCAGAGAGGACGAAGUGAAGCGAGCUACUACAGACGAGCAGCGCACCGAGGACACGGUUAUGCAAGAUCAACUUGUUACACCUGUAACAACAAGAGAGGUUGGCGCGGAGAUUGUCAUUCACACAGAAUUGUUCGAGCCUUCAACGCAAAACAAGGCAAUCAUUGAAUCAAUGUCUACCCUGAAUUCCCCGUUCUGGUGUGCGAGUGAGUUACUGCCUUCACGGAAAGACAAAGCAGAUCGUAUUAAAAAGUCGCUAUUCCUUUCUAUUCCCCUUCCCGCCACAGCGUUGGACACUAAAACGAACGAAGCUCAAGAAACACAAGUGUCAGAACCAAAACAAGAGCCUGUGGGUUCUGUUGUACCAGAGAAUGAAGUGCUUAUACUUCACGAACUGGGCAGUUCCAAGCGGAAACGCGGUCAAUUAGAGAAAAAGGUCCGUAUUCAGGAAACUACAACGGAUAUUGUUCCUGAAGUUUUGGCCUCUGUGCAGCAGGAAACCCCUGUAAAAACCGAGAGUCCUGAUAGUCCAGACGAGGACUCGAUUGCAGUAGCCCGUGAAAAUGUUCCUAAAAAACGCAAGCAAAAGAAGAAAAAGGUUAAGCAAGCUAAAACGGCUGCUGCGGAACCCGAAACCCCAUUUGAUUAUUCUGCUCAAAAGAACCCGCUGUUGUCCAUGUACUCGAGUACGAAGCCCUCUUCUCGGUCUAAAGCAUCCUUCAAUCCCUACGCCUCUACUCAAGAUGUGAAGCGUGAUGUGAAGCAAGUUAAGAAGCGAAAAGCAACGAGUGGUAAAAGUAAAACUUAUUAAGUGGGACACGCCUCUCAUCAAAAAAUGACCAAGAAUGAUGCAUGUUUUUGUGAACACUGUUCUACUUGUGUGGUCCACAGCUUUCCAAAUGAUUCAUACUGUCUUCUUUCACAUCGCAUAUCGUACAGAUCAUUUUGAAUUUUUUCGAUUUUUGUCACCAAUCGUUGGGCACUCUCUUUGUUUUUGUUUUUUUUUUUUUGGUUCAUGGUACACAGUGGUCUUCGUUCUUCCAUGUCAUUUUCCCUCAUAGCGUUCUUCAUAUGUUAUAAUAGAAUUCUUGGAACAUGGGUUCCCUAUUU